UGAUUGAACAUUUUCGGUUAAGGUCUAAAGUGUAUCUCAAUAGAAUAUGUAAAAAUUGGGCCAUAGAAAACCUAAUUAGUUAUCUGAUUGUGUGGACCGUCGGAAGGCAGCAGAAUCCAAGCACUCCGGCAUGGGCUCAACGGAAUCUACACUUUUAACUUCACAGACUGACGACGGUAUCACCACCGUCUCCGAGCGAUUCCAAGAUGUAGAUCCCCUGCUACACAAGCUUUCAUCCCUCAAAAUUGCAUCUCCCAUAUUGGCAUCUGCAUCAACAGAUAGCAGCAGCAGCAGCAGCUUCACAGAUAUUUUGGUCAGGAAACCAUCAACUUCUUCUGAUACAGGUGUUGUAGAUACGAAGGUGUUAUCGGAACUAUUCUCAAUGUACCAAGAAUUGCAAGAAAAACAGGCUCAUAACAUCAACAAAAGACAGGAAGAAAUUGAAAACAAGAUAGAACUUGUGGAUGCUUUGGCACUAAAACUUCUCCAACGAUAUAAUUACUCUGCGUCAGCAAUGAAGACCGCAUCAACUCACUUAUCUGGAGUUGAUGAGUUACAGGUGGAACUUGGGGUGCUGAAAGGAAGGCUAACUGAAGUGAUGAGUGACUGUGAUGCCUUAUGCAAGAGAAUUGCUACUGAGGGACCUGAAUCGCUUCGCUCAUCGGUCAAGCCAUUUGCCGCAGCUGCUGCUGAUUUAAGAACAGCAACAAGCCAUCCAUCGCGUUAAAUGGUGCACCUUAGGUUCACUUAUUUCUUGUAUAGUUGCGACUGGGUUAAAGUUGAAAUUUGAGGUAAUGUAGCUUUGUGUAGAGUAGAUCUGUUGUUGAAAUUUGUAAUUUGUACUUGGAAUAUUUGGGUUACACCUGCAUUGUGUUGGUGAAUUGUAGCAUAUGCGAGUUUAACUUGGUCA